AUGGCGACUGCUGAGAAGAGAAAACGCAUCAGUAAUUCGCCGUCAAGCAUCUGGGAUAGCUUUAUAAAAAAUAAAAUCGAUGCUUCAAAGCCUACUUGUAGAAAGUGUCGGAAAGUUGUCAGUCGCGGAAGUUCUACUGCAAAAUCAAAGUCGUGGGGAAAUGGAUCUUUAUGGGCGCAUCUAAAACUUUGUAGCCCAUCUGAGUCUUCCUCGACUAGCUCGACAACACAGCUGAGUAUCCAGGAAACGUUCUCUCGCAACACACCGUUACAAAAAGGAAGCGUUAAAGCUAAAGCGAUCACCAAUGCUAUUGGCAAGAUGGUAGCGAUUGAUCUACGACCAUAUUCGGUUGUAGAGAAUGAAGGGUUUCGCGAGCUUAUGCGAGUACUGGAGCCGCGAUAUUCUGUCGUUUCAAGAAAGGAGCUGACGAACGUAGUCGUCCCAGAAAUUUAUACCGAUUUGGAAGCGAAAAUCAAGAAGUCAAUCCAGUCGUCCAAAAGCGGGAUCAACUUCACCACGGACAUGUGGAAAUGCGGAGGUCAAAACCGUGAGUAUAUGACGGUGACGGCUCACUGGGUGGUGGAAAACUUGGACUCAACAGCCUACGAAGUUAAAAAUGCUCUUUUGGUAGUCGAAGAAUUUUUAACUAGUGCGCAUCCUACAACAUAAGAAAGUCGGUAAGUGAAACCCAUUUUCAGUGAACUUUGUUUAUUUGCUAAUAGCAAUACUCUAAAUCUGUAAUUAAUUUGACAUUUAGUUGCAGGUGGUGCGAAACAACUGGAUAGGUGCAGAAGGGAAAUUCCACAUUGGAGUUUCAGAUAACGCUGCCAACGUUACACUUGCCCUGGACAGCGAUGUGCGUCUUGAAGCGUCAGACGAUGUUCGUGAGGAAAUUGAGGAAUCCGAUGAUGAUGACGAUGAAGAUCGUUUUCCCACUCUACCUCCCAUGCAUGUAGGAUCUGCGGGCUGUUUUGCGCACCUACUAAAUCUUAUAGUCGGGGUAAAUAUUUAAUAAGGUGGUUAAUGUACUUUUGCAAAAUCGCAAAUUGUUAAAACCAUCCUUCGUGGUUUUCUAUUUUUGAUAGGAUGCAAUGAAACCUGAUGUACAGCGAGCUGUCAAUGACGCAAGAACCCAUUGCGAGAAAAUUAUUACAAAAACAAAGUAAUUAACAAUAAUAUAUAAUAAUGUAUAAGUCAUGAUGAAUAAGUAAAGUAAAUCGGACCUAAUCGGUCGAACAUUAGAACUAAUACAAUUUACCAUGUUUUAAUAAACCUAGGCAAUCAAUGCCAGUUGCUCGAGCCUUUAGAGCUGCUAAAGAUGCGCUACCGCGUGGUGAGGACGGUAAGCCAGAGGAGACCGGUGGCCUUGUUAAAAAUGUUUCGACCCGUUGGAACUCAAAUCUGGCCAUGUUCAGGUACACAGCUAUGUUGUAUAUUGUAUAAGUGUAUUAAAAAUUAAACAGUAAACUAUAUAUGCCAUCAUUUAUAUUUUGUUGCUGACUUGCUGUAGAUCAUUUAUUAAGAACAAGGAUGCGGUAACAGCACUAUUGCGUAGAGCGCGUGAGCUUGAACUUCCGCCAUUACCAGCUUCUUUGGGAAACCAUGCCAAUUUUUGGAACAUCCUAGAUGGCCUGGUAAAAGUAUUAACUCCAUUUGAAGACGUCACUCUCCAA